AUGGCGGAGUCGGUACUAGAAGUUGUGGGGAAGCUGCAAUCGAGGCUUUCGGGCAGUUCGGAGCCCAAGAAGUUGCUAAAGAGUUUGAAGAGGCUUUCUGAGCUGCCCAUAACGGUUGAUAUCCUUUUGGAGACUGGCGUUGGGAAGACAGUGAAUGGCUUACGGAAACAUGAACUGGUUGGAGACUUUGCCAAAGAGCUGGUGGCAAGGUGGAAGAAGCUGGUACCUGUCCCACAGGAAGGAGACCGGAAUAACCUUGAAUCUGAAGAACGCAACUGCAACCGAAGCAGCUCAAGGAAACGGCAGCGGGAGCCAUCCCCCAAAGAGGAUGAGGAAAUGGAGCAGGACUAUCCGGAAGCAUACCAGCCUUCCUGCAGCCAGUCAUACGAACCCGAGUAUAGUGCAAAGAAGCUCAAAAGACACCCCAAGCCGGAGAGACUCCAUCAGACUGUGAACUAUGGCACGCCAGAGGGCAGGACGUGGGGCAGAGAGUCUCCCGUGCUCUCCUCUGAUCAGGAAUGCUCGGACUAUGGGCAUCCAGCCUCGCCCGCGCUGAGCGAUAGCCCUCAGGAAUUAUCCCCAGACCUCUGCAUAGUUGAGGAGCGGGAGCAGAAGGUCCUUCAGCAGAAGGCUAACAAGAACAGGCAAGAGGGGGGUCAUGGCCGGACCCUCAAAGAGCCCCAGGAUAAAGGCAGCUUGAGUUGGAACAAAGAGCGUAAAUCCUCUCACAAGGAAAGGCGGUGGCCAGAGGCCAAGGGGGAGGAGAGGGUCCCGGCUUUUAGCCCAGAGCGGCCUCCUAAGGGGUCUUCCAAAGAGUCUCUCCGAGAAGCUUCUUUGGCGGGCAGCAGCAAGGAGAGGCUGAAGGCUGUGGACAGCAGCAAACCAGAGAAGAAGAGAGAAAGCGGCAGCUUGAAGAAGGAGAAGCUGCUGCACACUGACUUUGAGGCGACUCUGGGCAACCACAUCAAGAAUCAGAAACACGUGGACUCUGAGCCACCCAAACCCAAGAAAGCCAAGCAGGGUUCAGAGGGCUCACGCGGCUAUCAGGAGAAGCGAAAACCAGAGCAGGAUUUGUCCAGUAAGAAUAAAGAGAAAGUGGCUUCUGUCGGUUUGAAAACCCCAGAGGGCAAAUCCAAAUCCGAUUUGAACAAAAAAAGAGCCAGCUUCUCCUCUUCCAAUUUCGGGGACAGGGAAGCAGAGGAUGAGUUUGAAAAGCCAAUCAUGUCCUUUGAGAAUUACCUGAUGUAUGACCAGCCUCAGCACAAGAAGAAGAAGAAGAAGGUGCCAGUCAAACCCCCAGCACCUGCCCCUGUCAAGGACCGAGGGCACGGCAAGCAGAAUGGGUCCAAGUCUAGCACCAAGAGCGCUGACUCAGGCCGAAAAUCCCACAAGCAGGUGAGCGAGAAGAAGCAGUCGGAGGUGUCCAAACCAACAAAGAUUCCCAUUGAUGUGGUGCCAACACUCCCUGACAUACCUUUGCCCCCAAUCCAGAGUUCCUACCGCCCUCUUCCUUCGUUGGAUUCACUCCCCCUCAGCCAGCCAAAGAGGAGAGCAUUGUCUUCCCCUACAGAGGAGGAUGAAGCAGGUUUCACAGGACGCAGGCUGAAUUCCAAGAUGCAAGUGUAUUCGGGAUCCAAGACUGCCUACCUCCCAAAGAUGAUGUCUCUGUAUGAACAGUGCAUCCGGGUCCUCAGUAAUAAUAUUGACUCAAUUUAUGAAGUUGGUGGAGUUCCUUUCACUGUCCUGGAACCUGUCUUGGAGCGAUGCACCCCGGAGCAGCUGUACCGCAUCGAGGAGUGUAACCCCUUUUUAACCGAGGACACUAAUGAGUUGUGGCACAAUCACUGCAUCCGUGAUUUCAAGAAGGAGAAGCCGGAAGAGUUCGAGUCAUGGCGGGAGAUGUACCUCCGCCUGCACGAUGCCCGAGAGCAGAGGCUGCUCAUGCUUACCCAGAACAUCCGCUCGGCUCAUGCCAAUAAACCCAAAGGCAGAGUAGCCAAGAUGGCGUUUGUCAAUUCUGCCGCGAAGCCCCCCCGGGAUGUGCGGAGAAGACAGGAGAAGUUUGGCACUGGAGGAGCAGCCGUCCCAGAGAAGAUCAAGAUAAAGCCAGUCCUCUUCUCCCCGGCAAAAAGCAGCAGUGUUCAAGCAGAAGAGGAACAGGCCUAUGAAGGGCCAAGCACAAGCAGCUGUCACUCGGGCCCAUCUGUGGGCAGUACUUCCUCCAUUAGCUAUGACCCUCGGAAGCCUCCUGUGAAGAAAAUUGCACCCAUGAUGGCAAAGACUAUUAAAGCGUUCAAAAACAGAUUCUCCCGAAGAUAAAGUUGCCCAUGAGGAAAGGAGAAGAAAGAAGCCCGUCUCUUCAAUGGGAGAAGAAUUAUUUGUGGGCAAACAGGGAGUGGGGCCCAGGAUCCCCCCCCCCAACCCCAGUGGAAGACCAACAGCACAGUAUUGUUUGAAGCAGCCCUCUGGCCCUACCCUCUUCUCCCGUAGCCUGGCAUCUGAAAAUGUGAAAUCUGGAUACGUGUGGAAACAAGGAAGUCCAGAGACUGCAGCUUGGCCUGUAAUCUGUCUUUCUCCCCGCCCCCGCCCGCCCUGAUGAUGGAAUGGAAAGGAAUACCCCUCCCACCCGACCUGCAGUGCUUUCCUCAGCCCCAGUUUAAGGAUCCAGAACUCUCGUGCCUCAGAAGCUCUGCUCUUGAAGAAAAGCCUGUACUCCCAAUCUGGAUGUUGUAUUUAAAGCUCCACCCGGCAAUCCCUAGAUCCUGCCAGAGGUUUUCCAGCUUUUUGUCAGGCCAUCUUUGGAGCAUCCCUUUUGUAAUCCCUUUUUCCCUUCAAUCCCACGUUCCUUCCCUUGCUGAAACCUUUGUGCAGAUUGGGAGCAGCCAGUUUUGCCUAGCUGCUGAGGAAGUCCCUCCAUUCCAUCUUCUGUUCCUUGGAAAAAAGAGUGGGGGGGGGGAGCCCUCCCAUCCUCCUUUUUAAAUGUCAUAGGAAAAAAACCCCAGCACAUUAGUUUUUUUGAGGAGGCCGUGGAAAAUGCACAAAUCUAAAUUUUAAGCACUCAGCUGUUUAUUUUUUUUAAAUGGAUCACAACAUUUGGAAGCCAAAUUUGUUUUUAACAGGAAUAGUGAAGGUCUUAGUGUUUAGUUUUUUUGGGGGGCGGGGGCUGUGUCUUUGUGUGUGCGUGCAUUUUGUGUUUUUUAAAACUUUAAAAAAAGGUUUUAGAUUUGUUGUUUCUCCCCUCCCUCCUGGAUUUUGGUCAAAAGAGGUUUCGUUUUUUUAUGCAGCCACUUCAGGUCCACCAAAUCCCUUGCAAAGUACUUCAAGGGAGUCAUGACUUCAGCAUUUUAGUUUGUAAUGCCCCAUCACUUGAUGGGAAAAGGCAUCCCCCCUCAGGUGAAAUCAGGAGUCCCGGACACCAGAUGUCGGAAGAAGUGGCAGGCAAACGGCAUAGAUUUCUGUCUCUCUGGAGCAUCUGCAACUGGGUUGAGUACAGUGCAACAUUUUCAUCACUUGCGAGGCCAAGGGAAAGCCUCCUGGGUGUUACCUGUGGGUCUGACCCACCUGAGGAGAGCUUGAGGAAAAUGUGUUGCUUGGGCACUGCUGUUUUAAAAUGCUGGAGGAGGGGACCCUGGGCUGUAAAAAGGCUGUUUAUCCCGAUGGUGACGGGUGUAGAGAGAAGAUGUGGAAUAUGUCUUGGGAAGUUUGACAGUGUGCUUCUCGGUGCCAAGGCUGAAGGAACUUUGAUUAGGAGGCCUUAUGAAGGAGAGGCUGAUUCAUAGGGAAGGAGGGGGAAUUCUUCUAGUGACUUUCCAGUCUUGUAGCAUCUGACCUUGCACGAAUGCUCCACAUCUAUACUAGGAGGCAGUUGGCGUUCAUGACUGGAAAGACCCUGCUCAUUCUUUCCACUGGUAACCCCUCAACAUUUGGGGUAGGAUGGGACCUUCUUUUUUUUUUUUUGCUGUGACUCACGUGCCAUGCGGGAUAGGAAAAGCCCUCUUGACGUUUCUCUGUCCAAUGCAACGUCCCUGCAGUUCCAGCUCCUUUUUCUAUGAGUUUUUAAUGAUGAUGGUAUUUGAAAAUGGGUCUCUCGCAGUCUGCUUCAAGCCAAUCAAAGGCCCCAGAAAGCUUUAAAUUACAUUGUGUACCAUUUCAAAGCGUGUUGUGCUGUUUUAAAGAAGAAAUUGUGCUCCUUUCCUGCUUUUGCUGUAUUUAAUUUUGCUGUAUAGUUAAUUAUAUAAUCUGCCUCCUGUUGUGCUUUUUAAUGUGUGUUUGUGUGUUUUUUUCUUCUUCUCCUCUUUAUAAUUGGGACUGGGAAGGGGAAACGGAAUGGUUCAGAAACCAAUGGGUUGGCCAGUGAGGAAAGAGCAUUCAUAUGCAUCCAUAGGAUUCCCAAGUUGUGUUAAAUUUGGAUACCUAAAGUCUGACCCUGGUAGACACCCCUGCUCUCUGCCCAUUAAUUGCAAGUAGAAUGCAGACAGGUCUUGCAAACUUUUUCAGCCCCAGCUGAGGAACUGCAGACUGAAAUGGCAUCUUGUGCUACCUGACUGAAGCCUUGCCCACCUGGCUCUUGUAUUGUCAUCAUUACAAGGUGGGGUCAAAGGUUUUGUAGCUUCCUCCCCUUCACAAUGCAUAUUGUGUCUUGCUGGGAUGGAAGGACAGGAUCUCAAAUUCAGUGGAGUGCGGGAGGAGGCAGCCUAGGCUUGUUCCAUCAGGUGCCCCCACCCCCCACCCCGAGUGUUGCUAGUACCACCUUACUGGUCAAGGUCAAUAAUUUGGAUAGUGCCUAGCGGAAUGUGUGGCUCUGCCACCAGCUAUGCCAUUGGGUCUACUUCAUCACUGGAACUGGGUCUUCAUAUCUGUGAAUUCAAGCCACCUGUCAGUAUUUUGGACUAGUUUGGUGGUGGGUUUUUUGCCAAGGGAAAUUUGCAGUGCAAAUAUUAUGAAUUCUAACUCUUGUACUGGAAAGCAUUUUCUCAAUGGAUGAAGCAGGCCCUCUGGAGAGGCAGGAGAAGGAGCUGUCAUGCCCCUCCCUAGUUGGGAAGGUGAGAUCUUCCCCUCUGAAAGCCAGAUGCUAAAUUAAAUGGUUUGAAAGAAUUUUGAAUCUCCUUUUAAUGGGAAGACAGUGCCCAAGUGGGAUCCGUUGCAGAGUGAAACCACUCCACUUCCGAUUCUCCUUUGGGUGUCCAGAACAUUUUAAAAUAAGUACUGUUUUCACUGCUACACUACAAAAAACAGAGUCCUUUUUUUUUGGGGGGGGUGUACCAUGAGGAAAAGGUAAUGCUGAAUUACAGUUGUAUUUUGGUCCCUGAGUGUAAAUAACAAUUUUCUAUGUUACUUUUUUGUGGUAACUAUGGAGAUGAAUAUUUUAACUAGAUAAGUUAUAUGAAAGGAAGAAAGCUGUGUCUCAAUAAAAGCCAAA